ACCGGCAUCGCCAGCCCUAGAGCUAUGCUGCUAGCAUGGCUAAAAAGUGAAAGUGGUUAUCUCCCUCAACAUUACUGUUGGUGUGGGUGCGAGAAGGAGCAGAGAACGCUGAGAUGACAUCUUGUACCAUCAACAUCCUCAUCGUCUUCACUAUUUAUCUGGGCUUUGUCCUCUUCCCGAGCAAUGGUUUUAAGGUGAUUCAGCCCCAGAGUCAGACUGUCAACCCAGAUGGGUCAGCCUUGAUCAGCUGUGAACACAACGCAAAUGGGAGCACAGUGGUAGAUGUCCGACUCAACAACGUAUCAUUAACAGGGUCUACACAGUCAGUGCUCUGCCAGAAGGGACAGAAAAAAUACUGUAAGAACAUUGUCAUGUAUCCAGAGAAUCACAACAAAUACCUUUUCAUCAUUCUCAACAUUGAGGAAGAGGCCAUGAACAUAUUAUACGAAUGUGAGAUCACGGUGGAAAAAGAAGAUUUGGAUUUUACUGAGAGAGGAACACCAACCAGACUACUGCCAGGUCAAAGGGAGACAAAGUAUGUUCCCCACCCUCCACCUCCUGCUCAGUCUCAUCUGUUGUGGUGGAUGCUGAUUGGUCUGCUGGCCCUGAUGUUUCUGUACAGCUGUGUCAUCACUUCCUUCUACAUCAAACUGAGGAUUAGCAGCAAUGAUCCCGAGAACUCCACUUAUGUGGAAAUGAGGAAAGGUCCUGUGCCAAGGAAUCGAGACUAUGAUAUCUACUGUGGGUAACUGACUCAUCUCUUUUUUUUACCAGCAGCCUCAUGCUGAAUGUAAUGAGAGGGAAAACAUGGAUACUGCAGGUAUUUUGGAAACAUUAUGUCUUUUCUUUCUUUUCAUUUGUUUUUUCAUGCAGCUGGCAUUAUAGUCUAAACAUUUUGCUUCAUUUAUCUCUCAUGUGUCUUUUUCUAUAUAAAUUGAAAACCAUUGGGAAUAAAGUGCAGAGUGAGAGAGGAUAAAUACAAUUUAUUGUAAAUUUUUAAUAUUUUUCAUAUAUAACUACACAGAAACAUUACAAUGGUUACACUAAGUGAUAUCAUGUACAUCUUCACCUUGUGAUUUUGACUAAAAUUUAAAAUAAUGCUUGCCUGACUGGUACCUGCCUAAAAAAUACGUUUUCUGUAUGACUGGGGAAGCAGAGGCUAAUAAAUUUGACUUUGUAACACUGAGGGGGAAAUACACACAAAAGUCAAAGGGGACUGCCAGGAAAGGAGGACAAUCCUCUUCCUACAGCAGCUCCCAGCUCUCUUUCCCUUCCUGCCACAUCCCAAACCUCAAAUUGUUUUGUUGUUUUUGCUUUUUUCUCUGAUGACACAUGAAGUUGAUAUUUAUUAUAUUGUCUUUAUUAUAUACUGUGUAAUUUGCGCAUGUAUUACUUAUACUGUAUUUACUGUCCUAAUGUCUGUUUAAUUGAGCUUUUGUACCAUCUUUUAUUUUGUCACAUCAACUCAUCUAACUAAAGCAAAAAAAAAAAAACAAAACAAACAAACAAAAAACCCUAAGGUUGCAUUACAUGACAUUUGUGCAACUGGAACAGAUUUGAUGCCUACAACAGCAAAUGCAUGUUCAUGCACAGCUAUAUUUCCAAUCCCUGUGUUCACCAAAGAUGAACAUUGAUAGAUGUAGAUAGAUGUAACACCGACAUUUGACAGCAGAGGGAGACACUGGUCUCAUUAUUUCUACAUGUCUAUCACAUAUUACAUACUAUAAAGAUACAAGAAAACAUCAGCUGUCACUUGUUUGAUUUGAGGAGUUUGUCUUUUUCACUAUAUUUGAACAAACAUAGUACAAUGUUGAGGAUAAACCCUGUUUUCAGCCACUUCCUUGUCUUUUUUAAAUAAAAAUUGAGAAGAGGUAGUAAAAGGAUAUAUUUAGGAUUAAGACAGGAGGUAGAAUAGAACAUUCAGGAUAUAACUUCUUUAAAUAAAAAAGGCAUAACAAUGAGACAUAGACAACACAUACUCUCAUUUACAGAAAAAAAUAACAGUAAUGACAUUUUCAGGAUGAAAUCAGAUCAAUAAUUCCUGAUAUGCAAUGACCAUCAUACACUCAUUGCAGCGGGAGUGAGUUGUAUCUGGUUAUCCAUUUAAUAAUAAACAACAUUAAAAACAUUACAGACUCAAAUAAAGACAAACAGAUAACUUCUCUCACAGUAAUUUUAUGAAACACGGGGGAUGACAAAGACCACAGAAGCAGCCUGCAAUCAGUGUCUGAAGGCCUGUGAAUUGAUCUGAGAAAAAGAGAGAUUACAGGAACAUGUUAGUGAGAGUGUGGAGCUGCCUGAGGUGAAACAAUUUGUUUGAGUGUAAACAUUCCAGCUGUUAUAUGAAAAUACUGUACAUCAGAGUAAAAAAUGUGUGAUUCCUUAUUCUGUUUGUUUAUAUGUAUGUUUAAUGAUUUGUCCUCAUGUAAAGCACUUCAAACUACAUUUAUAUGAAACUGAAUUAUGCAAUUAAACUUUGUAUGUUGUAUUUUGUCGGGGCUGCAAUG